GAGAUUCCGCUCGCCCUCUGCAGCUCGCCGCUUCCCAACCGCCCGCAUCCGUUCCCCGCCAGGCAGUGGUGGGGAUGGCGAGCUGCGGAGCCGGGGUGGUGACGAGCGCAGCGGCUCCGUCUUUGGGCGACGAGACCUGAGGGACGGGCUGGCUGGGUGCAUAAGGACACCAGAACCCGCAGCCCCGGCAGAGCGAGCGCUAUGGAGCCCAACGUGCCGAAGCGGAAGGAGCUGGCCAAGUCCCUCCGCAUCAAAGUCAUCUCCAUGGGCAACGCCGAAGUGGGGAAAAGCUGCAUUAUAAAGCGCUACUGUGAGAAGAGAUUUGUGUCUAAAUACCUGGCAACCAUCGGGAUUGACUAUGGAGUCACAAAGGUCCAAGUCAGAGACAGAGAAAUCAAAGUUAACAUCUUUGACAUGGCUGGACAUCCCUUCUUCUUUGAGGUCCGAAAUGAGUUUUACAAGGACACACAAGGUGUGAUACUGGUCUAUGAUGUUGGGCAGAAGGACUCAUUUGAUGCCCUUGAUUCAUGGCUGGAGGAAAUGAAGCAGGAGCUUGGGCCUCAGGGGAACAUGGACAAUAUUGUCUUUGUUGUAUGUGCCAACAAGAUUGACUGUUCCAAACACCGCUGCAUCGAUGAAAGUGAGGGGCGUCUCUGGGCUGAAAGCAAAGGGUUCCUGUAUUUUGAAACAUCAGCUCAAACUGGAGAGGGAAUCAAUGAGAUGUUCCAGACCUUUUACAUGUCCAUAGUUGACUUGUGUGAAAAUGGCGGGAAGCGUCCUACCACAAACAGCAGUGCUAGUUUCACCAAAGAACAAGCAGACACCAUUCGCAGAAUCCGGAAUAGUAAGGACAGCUGGGAGAAGCUGGGAGUCAGACCCGGGGCCUCAAGAGAGGAAGUCAAUAAGGCCUACCGGAAGCUGGCUGUGCUGCUUCACCCAGACAAGUGCGUAGCUCCUGGCAGUGAAGAUGCCUUCAAAGCAGUUGUGAAUGCCCGGACAGCCCUCCUGAAAAACAUCAAGUAGAGGCAGAGGAAACUACAGGCGAGCUCAAGUGUGAACAGACUCCCCUUGAGGUGAAACCAACAUGGAGUUUUCCUUCACAAAUGCUCACUGUUCUGUUCCCUUGUGUGUAAGUUAAUAGUAUGGGUACCUGUUACCGUGUUGUGGCCAUUUCUCAGUGAGAUGACCGCCUUUGUGUGAGAGAUAGCCCCACAUCUCUUAUGCACUUCAUUUCUUAUUGCCAGAUAACAGUGUUUGUCAUUGUAUCAUCACUUACACAUUCACCUGUGAAAGUCCAUGGCUGUGACUCAUCUGAGCUUUCUCCCACCAGCCCACCAUCCAUCCAUCUGCCCACCAUCAAAGAAGGGAAUGACAACAGGAAAGAGAAUGACGGGAACCAGCAGUCAGCACCCAGCCCCUGGGAGCCUUGCAUCCAUCCCCCCCAAGCAGCUUCUUGGUUAGUACUUUUACCAUCAGCCUAUAGUUAGUAGCCAGGAAUGGUGACUUGUGCCUGCAAUCCCAGCACUCAGGAGGAUGAGGCAGGAGGAUUGUGUGUUUGAGGCCAGUCUGGAUUGGAUUACUUGGCAAGACUUUCAAAGAAAAACAAGCACCUUGUAGAAGAAUGUGAUGUGAGCUGACACUGUUCUGUCUACCUGCCCUUCUCGGAUACUGACUCCGUCCUUUCUCCAGCCACCAGGGGGAGACAAGCCAGUGCUAAGAGAGGGAGGCAGUGGAGAACCUGAAGCUCAUCCUGGAUCCCAGGUCUUUGCUCUGCCCUAGAAAUACUUGCUAGUAGCAAGCAGCAAGGAUGCUGUGUCCCUGGGAAUGAGGGGCCAGAAACCAGAACAGAAGCUCUUGGAGGGCGCAUUGUAGAUUACUCGGGAGUGUGCACGCAGUCACACCAUACAGACGUAAAGGCCAGCUUGGGCCGUUCCUGAGCUCAGGCAUGUUGGGCACUAGGAGGGGCCCUGCCUAAGACUUGGCCCUGUGAGAGAGGCAGGCGGGUCCUCUUCCACAGCCGGUCUCUUUCCUCUGCACCCGUGUUAAUCUGCUUCUCCUCCCGCCCCACUCUUGUUACAUCCCGUGUCUGCCAUUGCUUUGCUUCUUGAAUCUCUACCAUUGCUCUGGUCUCAGCUGACUUGAAUAAGUAGGAUCCAUUUGGGGCGCAGUGGGAUAUCUUGGGCCUGUGUGGGGGCAGAAUCCCUUCAGUUUCUGCUUAGACUCCAAAUUUCUGAAUAGUAUUUUUAAACUACAAGUAUGAAAACUCAUUCCGCAUAGCGAAGCCUUCCUGUGCUGUUGUCCCUGCCUGGUCACAGGAGCGGACGAAGCUGGUGGAGCUCAUGGAGCACUGGGACUCAUGACAGCCCUAGGAGAGCAGGCUCGCUGCUUGGCUCCCGUCAUCCCUCCGAGCUGUGGUCCUCCUAUUUGAGGUGCAGCCACCUGUGCCACCUGGAACUUGAAGGAUGACUUUUAAAUACCUAUCCCAUAAUGGUUGUCAGAUAACGUCUCUCUAACCUAAGACGACAAGCUCUUGUCUUACCGUCUAAACCUUUGCAGUCUUCUGGGUUGUCCAUCUGUAGAGUAGCCUCCCUUUGCAUGGCUGUGCUCGAUCUCUGAGCUUUAAAAUGUUGUUUUAAUGAACUCAGAUCUGUAUACAAAAGAUAAGGAGAUCUGGUAUAUGGCUUUAUGGCUUUUCUGGCCCUUGAAUGAUUCUGAGAUGAUUGAACUCUACUUCAAAGUUCUUGUGGGCCUCAUUUCUGCCUGAGGCUUCCCUCAUGCCUAACAUCUGAUUAUCUACUGCUCUUAGAACGGAAAGUAGGAGUCAUGAGGAUAAGGGAUUGUGCGUGGUGCUGUCAGCCCGAGUGUAGGGCCCAGUCUUCACCUCAUUCAACAACAUGGGCAGAUGAACAGUUACAGCAGGAUACUUUAGUCUUCCUAUCCGAAUAGGAUCCCUCAGGUGACUUGCUGAAAUGUAGUCUGGGCUUGAUUCUUAGAUCUUGAGACUCUGUUUCUGAUAUCUUAGUUACUAACAUCUAGGUUGGCUGAGUAGUAUUUAUGUAUUUAUUUAUAGUAAUGAAAUGAAAAAGUGAAGCCUCAGGGUCCCAGAAGUUUUCUGAUUUCUAUAGUCCAUCAGCAGAGCACUAAGAAACAACAAAGCACGCCUCAGAAUGAAAAGUAGUUUGAAUCCUGGCUUCGUGAUCCAUACAGACUUCUGCAUUCAUUUAAAUUCUUGGUGCAGGUGUGUGCUUUGUCCUUUGACAUUUUGAAAACUAUUUGCACAGUAAGAUCUCAGAGCAUCAGCAAGAGUCGCAACUCAGUCAUUUCAGUGGCUGAAAUUUUUUUAAAAGAACCCUGUUUACCCAAAAAAAUGAGAUAAAAUAUUUCAACAAUUGUUAUUAAAAAAAAAAAAAAAAAAAAAAGGCUGUGCCCUUCUCCAUCUGAGUCACCAACCAGUGUCACAUCUUCACCUUGUUGGAAGUCCCUGGAGGCAUUUCAGAGUUAGUCUUCCAGCCUUUGAAAGCACUUUAGAGCAUCCUCCCCAUGGCGUCUGUGUUCUCCUCCUGUGCCUCCUUGGGAACUGCUGGUCUUCACUCUCAGUAUCUUACUUAAGCACUGCCACUUUAUUUCUCCAUUUAAAUGUGUCUGAGGCUUUACCAGCCUGUUAACUUACGAGUCCAGAUGUUGAGGAUAAAAUUGCUGUCCUUCUAUACACUGUACACCAUUCUUUAAGGCUUAUAUUUACCUCAGGAAACUUACUCUAGUAUCUUCUCACUGAUUGAAAUCUCAAGUGAUAAAUACUUCUUCAUACCUAAUUCUGUCUUAGUUCAUUGAGCCAUAGGUCAGGCAGCUAGAUGGUCAGUGAGCCGUAGGUCGGGUAGCUAAAUGGCUGAAAGCUCAUCAGAGUAGAACAAGGACCUCCCUCCAGCACUGAGUCAGGGAUCGUGGCAGGAGGACAGAGGGAUUGCCAUCUGAAGCUAGGAAGCAAGGAGGCUGGCAUGUUGCCUCUGGCGAUGACAGUGCUCCCUUCCAGGUCAGCUCAUAGGUUCUGGAAGGGUAAGUCUCUCAUGCAGCCGUCCAUGGAGCUAAGUCCCCAGUGUUUUUAUAAAACUUUCAAAGAUGAAUUUAGUUGCAAAAUUGAGCUAAACAAUUUCCACUGCGGGCUUUUCAAGCCAAGAGCUGUUCAUCCUUCUCAUCCUGGGGCUGAGCACAGUUUUAGGCAUAGUUACUGCCCCUUGGACAUCGACUGCUCCAUUACCUCUCCCUGGGGAGGAUGAAGGGGUUUACUUGUGGUUUGGCCAGGCAGUGGGUCUGAGUCUUAACACACAGUUCAGUGCUGGGCCCUUGGAAAAAGGACUGUCACUGACGACUUGGACAGUUUGGGUUAGCUCCCUGCGCUGAUCGCUUCCUGCACAUUCUUUCCCUGACUGUGAAUGCUCUUACAAGGUAACUUACAUAUUUGCUUUCUGUUGAAAUAACUGAAAGUGUUAAAUCUACCAGUUGUUUAUGUCUUGUAUACAGAGUGUCAUACGUAUUUAAGUUGUGUAUUUUUAUAGAGUAAAGUCAAAUAGCAAACA